UGUCAUGGCCGCCUCUACGGCAUCCUUAAGUUUAAGUGAAAAGGAAAGCAAAGUAGAGAAGAAAACGAAACAUAAACACAAUACAGCCGACCAUUCUCUCAAUUCAGCAUGUCUACGAGAGAGCAAGAUGAGUCUGGAUUGUAUAGCACGUCAUAACUAUGAAGACAACGCCAAAUGUGAGCCAGAGUUUCAAAACUACAGAAAUUGCAAGAAGUUUUGGACACAAGUCCAGUGGCGACGUUUCUUUCGAGGACAAAGACCUACACUUCCACUUCCAGAAGACAGAGAACAAGCUAAAAAGGACAAUGCUGAUAUUAUGGAAAAAAUCCUUGCUUCUAGUCCUAAAUACAAACUAAGUGAGGAAUCUAGUGAACCGCUCGUCUUCAGAUAUAAAGAUCCAGACAUGAAAUAAAAUGGAAUAAUGUGAUGUGAACAGACAAAGAAAGUUUUCUUCAGAAAUCGUUUUUUAUAUCAAAUUGCUGUGACAUUGUACAUAAAAAUUUUGUGAUAAUAAUGAUAAUAAAAAAAAAAUCUCAAUCAUA